AGCAACAGAACACGGAGGCAGAGGUGUCCGACUCCGAGUCUAGUUUUCAACACCAUAAUUUCACCUUUAACUCCGAAACGACGCGUUUUUUGGACAUUUAAGAAGCUGUGAACUCUGCCUGAUUAUCGUUUUGGUGAUUUGCAUUUUCCAUCAGCUCUUUUAGUCUAAGACUUUGGAGCUGGGUCGACCCUGGAGUAGCUACCCUGCAUGUUUGGAUUAUUUUAGUUUUUAAAGCAGUGCUACAGCUGAAUGACCCUGGAAGUUUCCUCCUGGGAGUGAGAUGGAGAAUAGCUCUCAUACACUGCCACCCUCGUCACCGUGUCCCACCACUUAUGGAGGGUCCCUGCCUUUCUCCUCCUCGCCGCAGCAGACCUGCUCAAAUGGCCGUGUUUCACUUCCACUCUCACCUAUUUCAUUCCCCCCGUCCCCUUCCUCACUUUCUCCAGCAACAGCAGAGUCUGUUCACUCAUCCUCGCCUCUGUCGCACUGCACAGCAUCUCAGUGCCUCGAAGGACAAAACAUACAGUGCCUCAGCCCAGGAAACGUAUCUGACCAGGAUGACCUGACCUGCCUCAACUGGCUGCAUCAGAGGGGCAACCUGCUACCUCUGCAGCCCCUUCCCAAAAUGACAGCACUGCCUCAGCUAGAGUCCUCCACACCAACCCAACCUCCUUCUACUGCCUCGUCCAAGCCACCGUACUCCUUCAGUAGUCUGAUUUUCAUGGCUAUAGAAGACUCGCCUGACAGGAGGCUUCCAGUGAAGGACAUCUACGACUGGAUUGUGAACAAUUUCCCUUACUACAGGACAGCUGCUGGAGGCUGGAGGAACUCUGUCAGACACAACCUGUCCCUGAGCAAGAGCUUCCGUCGCAUUCAGAGGGACAAGAGCCAGUCAGUGGGGAAGGGAUCGCUGUGGUGUGUGUGUCCAGAGUAUCGGCCUGCGCUCCUUGAAGUGCUGAGGAAGACCCACAGCUAUCACAGCAACAACAUCCAUCUGUUAAACAAGCCCGCACUGUUGGAAGGAGCUGAGUUUGGGGUGCCUGCAGUGUGCGACUCUAUGGAAAUCUCAGAUCCUCUCUCUCACACCCUCCUCCUUUCCACGCCCUCACCCCAAAUCCUGAACACCGACAACCCAACUUUCUCUGAAAGCCCUCCGUGCCCCUUGACCCCGGAUCACGAGGAGCUUGUCACCAUGGAGUCGGUUGACUACCAGCAGGAGGAGGUCAGCAAGGAGAUGGAGAAGGACCCCCUGUCAGACAGCGGGUACAUCGAGUUACACUAUUACCAGUCUCACCAGUACCAGUACCUUGUGCUGCCGGGUGACACCGAGCUGGACCUGGAGACUGUGGAGAUCCUUCAGCUGGAUGCCGAGGCCCAGGAGGCUGCUGGGUCACUGCUGGACCUGGCAGGUGGUGGAUAUUAGUGUUACAUCUCAUCUAACAAUCACACCUGAUGCAGUGCUUCAAUAUAUUGAAAGCAAAUACUCCAACAAGAAAAAAUGAGGAUUAUGUUUUGUAGUCUUAAAGGUGCAGUGUGUAGGAUUUAGGGGGAUAUACUGGUAGAAAUGGAAUAUGACAAGUAUGUUUUCUUUAGUGUAUCAUCACCUGAAAUGAAUCCUUGUCCACAUAGAUCGCCAUUUGGCACCACCAUGUUUCUACAGUAGCCCAGAUGGUACAAACCAAACACUGGCUCUAGAUAGGGCCAUUCACGUUUUUGCAUCAGCGACCAUACUUAGCCCCUCUGCAAUGAGGGCAUCAGAAAAACACUGAUUUUUUAAUGUGAAACUGCUUCAUUCAGUGUUCUUACUGGUUUAAAUCACCGCGUCCAUUUGUUUUGGAGAGGGAGAGACCUCUGUGGAUAAUUCAGCUUCUGGUAAAAACCUCCUGAGUGUCUGGAUCUCAAGCUGUUAAAGAAAAAAGAGUGAGCAACAUUAGCAAGCCCAUCUCAGACAUACCAAACAGCGUCAGAGAAACACUGAUUUUUAACAUGAAACUGCUUUAUUCAGUGUUUUUACAGGUUUAAAUCACAUGGUCUGUAUGUUUUGGAGAGAAAGAGACCUCUGCCGAUAAUUCAGCUCCCGGUAAAAAAAAAAUCUCCUGUACAAUGAACUUUGAAGGAAUCCUAACUGGGAGCAGUUCUCACUGAUAGAUGCCACUAAACCCCUCUAUGUCUUACACACUGUUCCUUUAAGUGUUAAUAGAUGGGAGGGAUGAUAAGAUGAUCGGCUGCUCCUUCCUGAAACGCUGACACUGCCCUAAGGCUUGUGAAUUAUUUUGUAGUUAGGUAAAAAUAUAGAUCAACUUUCUGAUGGACUAACGAGACAAUGGAUCAUAUUACUUCAUAUGUAUUCAGGCACUUACAAUGCAGAAAUGAAUUUUACCACCAUAACAUACCAUACAAUGAUAUGCUGGACAAAGAUUUGAGAGUGUAAUGUAAAAAAAAAAAAUCAUGGACAAAAUUAUACUCUGAGAUUUUAAAACAGGGGGGUAUCAAGUAUUAAUACGCUAUGGAUUUUUCAGUGUGAUUUUUUUUAACACAUUUAGUUCAUUCUCAGGGGUGGAAGGAGUGAUUUCAACUCAAGAUUCCCAAGUUUCCCAUGUUAAAAUAAGAUUUAUAUAGCCUUCAAAGUAAAAACAUAGCUCUUGACUCACACAUUAUUACCAAUGUAAUGAGAACAUGUCUUACUGGCCAAUUUGACUCCAUGUGGUGACCAACAAAACAAUCUUAAAAUGAAUAUCUUGCCCCCUUAACACUGUUUCUGUAGCAUUUUCUGAUAAUGCCACCUUUCUAGAAUUAGCUGAGUAUAAUAGUUGAAAAAAUAAAAAUUAAUUUAUAAUUUAGUUGUAAGAAAAGUGGGAAAGCAUCACUUGAUUACAAUAAUAUAAGUACUUCCACUUUGAUUCCUAAUUAAUUCUACACCCAUUGUCACUCUUCAGAUUAUGUUUGCUGGAGUUGACGUUCUGUACAUGAUGUUAUGUUCCUUAAUGUCUCUUAUUAGUUUUCUGUGAAUUUGAAAACGUAGAUAUGAUCCUGUAAUCUAUGCUGAGUUGUUUUCAAUCAGGAGUUAAAAUGCAAAAUUAUUUCACUGCCAUUUAAACCACUUUACAUUUCAGGGUACACUGAAUUAAUGUUUGUAAAUUGUAUGUAUUGUCCAAAGCUUUAGAUUUUAUAAUCUAACAAAUAAAAUCUUGUCAUGCCG